CUUGUUGUCCCUGGUGAACAUGCGCACUGCGCGGAGAUGCAUUUCUGUUUCUCGCCUGUAGUCUGACCAAACCAACCAAAACAGCUAAGCUAACUGUAGCUACUCCUGUUGUCUUUUAACCUCUUCAUCCUUUCCAUUAAUACGCAAUAAAACCAGAUAGCCGUAGAAUACUUUAUUUGCGUGAGACAAUUAUGGCGAUUUGCCAAGUCUGCAACUUUUUAUAUUAUUUAUUUUGGUCUGUUUUUGUGGCACAGUUGGAAAACUAACGCUAGCUAGCUAACUUUUCAACCCACUGUACGAGUCCCAUCGUCUCCACCAUCACAAUUUAACUACAGGAUUUAUUAAUUUUCCAGAGGACCAGCCCGUGAUUAAGUCAUUGCGAAGUCCGUUUUCGUUCGAUUCCUGGUGUCCCUUUUAACUUCAGACCUCCAAGAUGUCUAUACUGGGCUUAAAAAAGAAACAACCAAAGACCUUUAAAGUCAAAGUCAUCACCAUGGAUGCUGAAAUGGAAUUCAGCUGCGAGGUCAAGUGGAAGGGGAAGGACCUGUUUGAUUUGGUGUGCAGGACGGUUGGUCUGAGAGAGACCUGGUUCUUUGGCCUCCGCUACACCGUGAAGGACACGUACGCCUGGCUGAAGCCUGAGAAGAGGGUCCUCGAUCAGGAAGUUCCCAAGGACUCACCGAUAACCUUUAGUUUCUUGGCUAAGUUCUUCCCAGAAAAAGUAGAAGAAGAAUUGGUCCAGGAGAUUACGCAGCACCUCUUCUUCCUUCAGGUGAAGAAACAGAUUUUGGAUGAAGAGAUCUUCUGCUCUCCCGAAGCCUCGGUUCUGCUGGCGUCCUACGCUGUCCAAGCCAAGUAUGGGGAUUAUGACCCAAACUUCCACAAGCCUGGGUUCUUAGCCCAAGAUGAGCUGUUGCCUCAAAGGGUUCUGAUGCAGUACCAAAUGACAGCGGAGAUGUGGGAGGAGAAGAUCACUGCAUGGUAUGCAGAGCACAGAGGUAUCGCCAGAGAUGAAGCUGAGAUGGACUACCUCAAGAUUGCCCAGGACCUUGAGAUGUACGGCAUCAGCUACUUUUCCAUAACUCAAAACAAGAGAGACACAGACCUGCUGCUGGGUGUGGACGCCCAGGGUCUCCACAUCUACAGCCCCAACAGCAAGCUCAACCCCAACAAGUCCUUCCCCUGGAGCGACAUCCGCAACAUAUCCUACAGCGAGAAGGAGUUCACUAUUAAACCCCUGGACAAGAAGAAAGACGUGUUCAAGUUUUACUCUUCCCAGCUGCGUGUCAACAAACUGAUCCUGCAGCUGUGCAUCGGCAACCAUGACCUGUUCAUGAGGAGGAGGAAGGUGGACUCCAUCGAAGUGCAGCAGAUGAAGGCUCAGGCCAAAGAAGAGAAGGCCCGCAAGAAGGUGGAGCGGCAAAUCCUGGCCCGGGAGAAGCAGAUGAGGGAGGAGGCGGAGCGGGCCAAAGAGGAGAUGGAGAGGAGACUCUUUCAGCUCCAAGACGAAGCACGAUUGGCCAAUGAGGCACUGCUGCGGUCAGAGGAGACGGCAGACCUGCUGGCGGAGAAGGCCCAGAUAGCGGAGGAGGAGGCCAAGCUGCUGGCCCACAAGGCCGCCGACUCGGAGCAGGAGAGGCAGCGGCUGGAGGUGACGGCCAUGAAGACCAAGGAGGAGAAGAGGCUGAUGGAGCAGAAGAUGAGGGAGGCGGAGCAGCUGGCCGUCAAGCUGGUGGAGCAGUCGGAGCGGAGGUUGAAGGAAGCGGAUCACCUGAAGCAGGACCUGACUGAGGCCAAAGACGCGGAGCGCCGAGCCAAACAGAAGCUCCUGGAGAUCACCAAGACCACGUACCCGCUCAUAGCGGCCUACUCCACGCCGCCUCCUCCCCCGCCACCCCCUCCCCCCGAGGCUGCGGAGGCCGGCUGCGACGCGGCAUCCAUGCGUCUGGACUUCAAGGACUCGGACAUGAAGCGGCUGUCCAUGGAGAUCGAGAGGGAGAGGCUGGAGUACAUGGAGAAGAGUAAGCACCUGCAGGACCAGCUGAAGGAGCUGAAGACGGAGAUCGAGUCUCUGAAGCUGGAGGAGCAGCAGCAGCAGCAGGCCAGCCUCUACAGCCUGCGGGGGGAUGUCCGCCAGUACGCCCAGCCCCACUACGCCCAGCCCCACAGCAACCGGAACUCUGCCUACAUGUCUCAGAUGGCGUUCUUUGAAGAGGUGUGAUCCGCAGCCCGCCGUCUCCUCCACUGCUCUGUUUACUAUCCACACUUAUCUUUCAUUUCAUGUUUUUGCUACUUUGUGAUAUUACCUUCGAUCAUAAGACACUUUCACACAGAAGACAUGAGUGACCUGUUCCCCAUGAAGAGACUCUCCCCGCCCCCCCCCCCCCCCCCCCCCCCCCCCGGACCUGCGCCUCAAGACCAUGGCCCAUUUUGUACACUAAAGGUCUUUGUAAUGACAGGACUACCAACGCAUGACUUCUCGGUGCGCCCCGUCCGACAGCCCAAACCCACAGUGGUGUGCGUGGAUGGAUUGAGGUUUGUUUGAAUUUGAUUUUUUUUUAACUUUUUUAAUAAGGGAUGUUAUUAGGUGAGUUUUUUUUUUUUUUUUUUUUUUUAUAAAUGUCACCAGAUUUUCAUUAAAGCCCUAGCAGUCUCUGGCUUUUUUUUUAAAGACCCAAACCAGCUCAGGCCAGCUCACUGAAGUCAGCAUAAACCUGUAAGACUCAAAAUGAAAUGGGUUAUCAGUCAUCAAAGCUGAACCAUGAAAACAUGUCCAUUCUGGAGAUCAGGAGACUAGUGCCUGGGCAUUCCCAAUGUCCAUCCUGGAGAUCAGGAGACUAGUGCCUGGACAUUCCCAAUGUCCCUCCUGGCCUGGAGAUCAGGAGACUAGUGCCUGGACAUUCCCAAUGUCCCUCCUGGAGAUCAGGAGACCUGUGCCUGGACAUUCCCAAUGUCCCUCCUUGAAAUCAGGAGACUAGUGCCUGGACAUUCCCAAUGUCCAACCUGAAGACAAGUGCCUGGGCAUUCCCAGUGUCCCUCCUAGAGACUAGUGGCUGGGCAUUCCCAGUGUCCCCUCCUAGAGACUAGUGGCUGGGCAUUCCCAAUGUCCCUCCUGGAGAUCACUGCCUGGGCAUUCCCAAUGUCCCUCCUGGAGAUCAGUGCCUGGGCAUUCCCAAUGUCCCUCCUGGAGAUCAGUGCUUGGGCAUUCCUUAUGUGCCGAGGACUGAGACCGGGUGCUGCCCGCUGCGUUGGGCUGAAGACCUCCUUCUGGGACUAAAUGACUUUCACCUUCCUAGUCGGAAAGUUAUCUGUCCACAUGCUGCGAGCACACAGCUGGGACAUGUCAGAAAGGGAUCACAUGGUCGGUGACAUCAGAGACUGCCCCAAUCAGUAUUGGAACAUGUCCGGCCUCUUUUUGGACUUGCACCUGUUUGUAGAAAGUACACCAUGUGCCCACACCAUUUCUAGUGCCUUAUCGUGCUUUUCACGAGUUAGUCACGAAUUACAAGCUCUUUGCCAUUUCAAACUUUUAGCUGUGUAACUGUAGACUGUCGAUGUGAGUUUUCUGUUUCUAGUUUUUACCCACGCAUUUGUGUUACUGUGUUCCUAUUUAAAAUACUAUACCUAUGCGCUUUGGUGGUAAUAUUGGAUUUGAGGUGUUGAAGAUUGACGGACCUGAUUAAGUUUCACUACAGAUUAAUGUUUUAAUUUGCCCCUGUGUUGUGUGUGUGAGUGUGUGUGUUCCUCUCAGGUUUAGUAAGAUAACAGCGUUUUUAGGAUCCCUGACUUGUUCUGCCCACUGUUAACGUCUCUGUUCACCUGAGGCAGAAAAACUUUGAGUACACCCCAAGUUCUUUAUUUAAGUUAUUGCAGUUGACAUCAUCCCAUGUUGUUUUAUGAGUCCUUCAUGUGUUCCAUGAGAUAUGCAAGACUGCAGCCUUCAUCAGUCUGUUGGGUAUUGGAUCUAUGGGAAUAUGAACUAAGCAAUGUCAUGGUUUUGCUUAGUCGGUCUACGGCUUGUAUCAAUAUCAUUUUUUUUUUUUUUUACUGUUUGUUUUCCCCAUCAUUCUGUAAAGUAUUUCAUAUUUGUAUGUUGCAGAACAUAUUCUUAAAGAAAUUGAAGUGUAUAUUUCAUUACACAACAUUUUCAAACCGUCAGUUUGAAAUGGAAAACGCGUUCUUCCGCGGUUGUAUUUCUUGUGAUUGCCUCAUAACCUUUAGUAUUUGUAUUUCUAAAAUGCAGCUUUCUUGAAAACCUUGUUUCAGUUUUUUGCUACAAUAUUUCAAUACAGUUCCUUUUUAUAGUAAAAGCAAUUUCCCGAAUGGUAAUUUGAGUUUAAAA